UUUUAGUUUAUUUUACUAUUCAAGAAAAAAUAAUGGCAACCCAAUUUUUUUCGCAAUUAUCGCAAAAUUUUACUGAAAUUUUAGACGAUGAUGAAUAUUAUGAUGUUACAAUUGAAGUUGGACAAGAUCCUAAAGUGAAAAUAUUUCGGUCACAUAUGGUUAUUUUAAAUUAUCGUUCAGCUUAUUUUCGUAAAAAUUUAUUUAAAAAUAAAAAGAAUUCCGAUGGUGUCUUGACUCAUAUAAAAUUACCAAAUAUUUUUCCCGAUAUUUUUCAAAUUAUUUUAAAAUAUAUGUAUGGUGGAAUCCUCUCCUUUGAUGAAAUUGAACUUUCAGAUAUUAUCCAUUUGUUGGUUGCAGCAGAAAACUUAAAAUUGCAAGAAAUAGUUAAUUAUCUACAAUUAUAUUUAAUUGAAAAUAAAUCAUCAUGGAUGGAAGAAAAUUUUACUUUCAUUCAUAAUACAAGUUUUCAACAUGAUUCUUUU